AUGGUUGGACUCAGGAGACCUCAUGCUGUUCUGGUUCCUUUCCCCGCCCAAGGCCAUAUCAAUCCCAUGAUGCGGCUGGCGAACAAAUUGGUUGAACAAGGAUUUGUAAUCAGUUUCGUCAAUACCGAUUACAACUAUUUUCGUAUUGCACAGGCCAACAAAUCCAUCGCCAAUGGUUUUGAUUCUCGGGAAGGUAAAAGUCAUGGUGAUAUUCGCUGGUUAGUCGUCUCAGACGGCCUUCCUCCCACCGACACUCGCACAGACAUCGCCAAGUUGUGUCAUGUGACGGAAAACAUCAUCGUCUCCUUCGUCGACAAUCUGAUUGGGGAGAUGAAAAAGCAGAACCCUCAGGAGAACAUCUCUUUGAUAACGGACUGCAUGGCGUCCACCGCGUUAAAUAACUAG